GUUCUGGUGAUCGACGGCCGCGGGCACCUCCUGGGCCGGCUGGCAGCGAUCGUGGCCAAGCAGGUGCUGCUGGGCCGCCGCGUGGUCGUGGUUCGCUGCGAGGGCAUCAACAUCUCCGGGAACUUCUACCGCAACAAACUGAAAUUCCUGGCGUUCCUGAGGAAGAGGAUGAACACCAAUCCCUCCCGGGGCCCGUUUCACUUCCGAGCCCCCAGCAGGAUCUUCUGGCGCACGGUCCGAGGGAUGCUGCCCCACAAGACCAAGCGGGGCCAGGCGGCCCUGGAGCGGCUCAAGGUUUUCGAUGGGAUCCCCCCACCCUACGACAAGCGGAAGCGGAUGGUGGUGCCAGCUGCCCUCAAAAUCAUCCGUCUCAAACCCACGCGCAAGUUUGCCGUACUGGGCCGGCUGGCGCACGAGGUGGGCUGGAAGUACCGGGAUGUGACAGAAGCACUGGAGGAGAAAAGGAAGGAGAAGGCGAAGCUUCGGUACAACAAAAAGAGGAAGAUGAUGAGCCUGCGGCGCCGGGCCGAGCGCAACGCGGAGAAGAAGGCGGCGCCGUUCACGGCGGUGCUUCGGCAGCACGGGCUCCUGCUGUAAUAAACCCAAAUGGGACAAACUGGGACAAAC